UGAUUGCAGUGGACCAGAGCCAGCUGUUUUUGAGCAAAACAGCUGAGGUUUUAUUUUUCACUCAUCGCACUCUUUCAUUUCCAUUUAACCUCACAGCUUUUUUUAUUCCCCCACUCCUUCUCCAGCGUCUUCAUCCAUUUCUCUAAUAGUGUGUGUGUGUGUGUGUUUUUUUUUGUGUGCGUGUGUGUGCACCGAGCAUGGUGGUGUCAACAUCACAACAAGUCGCCCUGGCUUUCACUGCCGUGCUUUUCACGUUUGUUUGUCCUGCCCAGGAUGUUCGGGGUCGGCGGAGGAUCCGGGACCAAAGAGACCCGGUUCGACCCCCGGCUCUCCAGAAAAGCUGGUCCGGGUCCAGGUGCAGUGAGAGAUCAGCCGAUGAACCUGAACGCACCGGGUUCCCCUCAGAGCCCGGAGAACAUGCAGCAGAUGAAGAAGCUGAUGGAGCAAGAGAUGAAGAGCGACAACAAGUUCAAAUCCAACAGCAACAAGGGCUACGUGUUCACGCUGAUGCCUCUCUACGCCAUCGGGCUCGGAGUGUUUGCAGCCUAUAAAUUCUUAAAGGUCGACAAGGAGCUGGCCACCGGAGAGUUCCUGCGUGAAAGUGUGAAGAAGAGGAAGAAGAUGGAGGAGGUCAAGGUGAAACAAGCCGAGGCGCUGACCAAGAAGCAGGAAGAGCGUAACAAGGCUUUCAUUCCUCCUAAAGAGAAGCCCUUGAUGAAGAAAUCAGCUAAAGUUUCUACAGAAGGAAAGCUGGACAUCGAGGCCUUAAAGGAGAAAGUGAAAAAAGCCAAAACUAAGAGACUGGGGGCUCCACCAGUGAACCCAGCGCCCCCCCCCAGUGGCAACAUGAACAAAAAGCAAAGAGGCAAAAAAAAAAGAAACGCUAACCACACACUCACACAGGCAGAUUGA